AUGCUCGAUACUGCUGAUAUCGACUUCUUCUUUUUCCGGCAUCAAUUCACCUACAAGGGACCACCAGUGUCCUGGCUACCGGAAUCUCGUCGCGGCUUGAUCGACCACGCGCGCGUGGUUUCAUACCUUGCGGCUUCGACACUCACCAAUUCGUUCGCCAGCAACAUCUUGCUAAUUCUUUUCACAGCUAAAAUGAAGUGGACUGCUGCCGCUCUUGGCCUCGCUGCCACCGUCGCCGCUGUUCCUCAAGGCGCCCCCUCCGGCCUCAAGCCCGAGGGCUCUGCUCCCCAGGGCUGCACUGGCACUUACAACGGCAAGUUUGAGGUCAGCAUCUUCAAGCUUGCUGGCUCCAGCAAGCGCUCUAUCGAGAAGCGUGACUGCUCCGGCGACAAGGCCCUCGUUCUCGAUCUCAAGGAUGGUGUCCUGACCGACAGCAAGGGCCGCAUCGGCUCCAUCGUCUCCAACUACCAGUUCCAGUUCGACGGCCCUCCCGCCCAGGCUGGUGCUCUCUACACUGCUGGUUUCUCUACCUGCCAGAACGGCUCCCUGGCCAUUGGCCCUUCCACCGUUUUCUACCAGUGCCGCUCUGGUGACUUCUACAACCUCUACGACCGCCACUGGGCCGAGCAGUGCGAGCCCGUCGAGAUUGUCGCCAUGCCUUGCAGCAGCCAGAAGGACAACGGCGGGAGCCCCAUGCAGUCUCCCAUCGCCACCAGCCUGGCUGUCACCACCAUUGUCGCCGCUCUCGACGAUGGCCAGCCCCAGGUCAAGACCACCACUGUUCCUGUCCCCAUGUGCCAGAUCGGUGACGGCCAGAUUCAGGCUCACAGCACCCCUUGCGACCAGGCUCCCGGCGCUCCCAUCAGCCAGAUUUCUGACGGACAGCUCCAGGCUCCCACCAACCUGCCCCCUGUUUCCCAGAUCUCCGACGGCCAGAUUCAGGUUCCCUCUGCCACUGGUGCUCCCGUCACCCAGAUCACCGACGGCCAGAUCCAGGCUCCCUCUGCUACUGGUGCUCCCGUCACCCAAAUCACUGAUGGCCAGAUCCAGGCUCCCUCUGGUACUGGUGCUAUCGUCACCCAGAUCUCUGAUGGCCAGGUCCAGGCUCCCACUGGCACCACCGUUCCCAUCGCUGCUGGUGCCAAGGCCCUCCCCGGCCUCGCCGCUGCCGGUCUUGCUGCCGCCCUCUUCCUGUAG